AAUGGGGUGGGUAUCGAAUUUAGGGUCCCUAGUCACCAUCAUCAUUUCAAAAGGAACAAGAGUGAAAAAUGUUCUCCUUUGAUUUGUUUUUAAAUUUUUUGAACACAUCAUGAACACCCGGCUUCACUUUCUCCCCCAGUAAAGAGAAGUGUGGUGUCAUCCCAAGUAAGCUUUUGGAAUUCGUUUGAACGUUGUUGUUGUAUACAAGAACUUCUGACUAGAUGUUGUUGAACUCCAAUAUAUGCGCUACCUCCCAUACAAAGAUUCUAUGGUUUCGUUCAUCUUGUAAUCGUCUUUAUGUUGCAAAAUUUGGGGCUUCUCAAUCGGGUAUCCAUUUUCCUGGAAAUCCAUUUACUUACAUUGUAUUAUUUUCUACAACUGAUAGCCCUAGAUUUAAUUCCAACCCUAAAUUAUACUUGCAAAAUGGUAAUUCUGAUUAUACUGGAGAUGGGUGUGUUGUAAAAGAAGAAUUGGGUGUCAAGAAAUGUAAAGUUUUGAGCUUUUCUGAUACUUGUUUUACUGAUGAUGGAAAAAAUUGCAGCUAUAUACAUAAUGCUAGUACUUGUAGCUUUGACCAUGUCCAUGAGUUUGAAGAGUCAGAUAAUGAAGAUUUAGACUGUACUGAUGAUGAUUUUAAGGUUUUGGAUUCAUUUGGGAAAACUCAAAAACAAGUCAACGGGGCAGAAAACGGUGGCAUUUCUGGAAGAAUUGAAGAGGAAAUGGGACAUCAUUUGGUUAAGGAAACAUGUAGAUUGAUUGAACAUCGCUCAGCUUGGAAUCCACAGCUUGAAAUAGAAUUGAGGCGUUUACUAAGAAGUAUGAAGCCUCACCAAGUUUGUGCUGCAUUAACGUCUCAAUCUGAUGAAAGGAUUGCUUUGAAAUUCUUUUAUUGGGCAGACCAGCAGUGGCGCUACCGACAUGACCCUAUCGUUUACUAUGUCAUGCUUCAACUUCUCAGCAGGACAAAGUUGUGCCAGGGAGCUAAGCGCAUUCUUAAACUGAUGGCACGAAGAAGAAUUCCACGGAGACCUGAAGAUUUUGGUUGUGUAAUGGUUGCUUUUAGUCGAGCUGGACAUUUAAGGAAAGCAAUGCAGAUCCUGAAUGUGAUGCAAAGAGCAGGAAUUGAGCCUGAUUUGUCUAUAUGCAACACUGCAAUUUAUGUUUUGGUGAAGGGUGAUAACAUUGAGAAAGCAUUGAGCUUUCUGGAGCGGAUGCAACUAGUUGGGAUAACACCAAAUGUUGUUACAUACAAUUGCUUAAUCAAAGGUUAUUGUGAUGUGCAUCGCGUUGAAGAUGCAUUGGAGUUGAUUGCUGAAAUGCCUUAUAAGGGCUGUUACCCAGAUAAAGUUAGUUAUUAUACUUUGAUUGCAUUCUUUUGCACGAAGAAACAAACUGAAGAAGUGAGGGAGUUGGUGGAGAAAAUGGCUAAAGAUAGUAACUUAUUGCCUGAUCAGGUUACUUAUAACACUAUUAUACAUAUGCUUUCAAAGCAUGGCCAUGCUGAUGAAGCCUUAGGAUUCUUAAGGGAAGCUGAAGAAAGAGGAUUCCGAGUGGAUAAAGUGGGGUAUAGUGCUGUAGUGAACUCCUUCUGUAAAGAAGGAAGUUUAGAUAAGGCAAAGGAACUGGUCAAUGAAAUGAUUGCCAAAGGAUGUCCUCCUGAUGUGGUUACUUACACUGCAGUUCUGAAUGGGUUUUGCCUUGCAGGAAGAAUUGAUCAAGCAAAAAAGUUACUUCAACAUAUGUACAAAUAUGGUUGCAAGCCAAAUACUGUAACAUACACUGCCCUGUUAAACGGGCUUUGCCAGAGUGGAAGGUCUGCCGAGGCACAGGAGAUUAUGAACACGUGUGAAGAAUGGUGGUGGAGACCAAAUGCUAUUACAUUUGGUGUGGUAAUGCAUGGUUAUCGUAGGGAAGGAAAACUGUCUGAAGCCUGUGAGGUGGGUAGGGAAAUGAUUGGAAAAGGCUUUUUGCUUUCUCCCGUUGAAAUUAACCUGAUCAUUAAAUCUCUUUGCCAAGAGGGCAGAGCAGAUGAAGCAAAGAGUUUUAUGGUAGAAUGUCUGAAGAAAGGAUGUGCUGUUAAUGUGGUGAAUUUCACCACUGUAAUUCAUGGUUUCUGUCUAAAGAAGGAGUUGGAUGCUGCUCUCUCUGUCCUUGAUGACAUGUAUUUAAUCAAUAAACACCCUGAUGUUGUCACAUAUACAACGUUAAUAGAUGGAUUAGGAAAACAAGGAAGGAUAGAAGAGGCUAUUGGGCUGUCCAAUAAAAUGCUUCAUAGAGGGGUGCUUCCCACUGCUGUGACAUAUCGUACAGUCAUCCAUCGAUUUUGUCAGCAACAUAGGGUGGAUGAUCUGUUGGUAUUACUGGAAAAGAUGCUUUCAAGAGAGGGGUGCAAGACUGCCUAUAAUCAGGUUAUUGAAAAACUUUGUGGUUUAGGAUAUACUGAUGAGGCUUAUAAGCUAUUGGGAAAGGUCCUCAGGACAGCUUCAAGAGUUGAUUCAAAUACCUGCCACAUUCUUAUAGAGAGCUAUUUAAAGGAAGGGAAUCCUCUUUCAUCAUAUAAGGUGGUGUGUCGAAUGUUCAACCGGAACCUUAUUCCUGACUUAAAGGUCUGUGACAAGGUGAGGGAUAGAUUGAUGCAAGAUGGCAGAGUAGAAGAGGCUGACAAGCUCAUGUUGCGCUUUGUCGAGCGUGGCCAUAAGUUGCCUCAGCUUCAGAGGACUUGAAUUUUGAAUACUAAAGAGGAGAUCAUUGUGUGUUCUUAGGACAUAUUACUGUUCUGACAAGGCUACAAUAGGAAAGUAUAGACAUCAAAAGCCAAAUGAUUCAGUAGCUCAUUAUAUUUCAGAAAGAAGUCACUCUCUGAAGCAUAACAAGAUUUUUGAAAUGCUGGUGGUUUCUGGGAUCAGAGUGCUGAUAUGGACCAAGUCUUGGACACGUCCCCAUUAAUGUCUCUCUGGUUUGCAAACUUAAUUCUUAUUCAAUUUGAAGGAUAAAGAUAACAGCUCUAAACAACUCUGCUUGUCACCUUCGGUUGAAAAAAAUGAUGAAUUUUUAAUAGUUUCAUCUCAUCAAGGUUGUUUGCUGGUGUGGAUGACAUUCCUUGCAUGUUUCAAGGCCACAUCGAGAAUUUAGUACAUCUUAAGCAACAGUAUGGGUUAAACAAGACUGCAAAUGAAGUGAUCAUUCUUAUUGAGGCUUACAGGACUUUGAGGGAUAGAGGUCCUUAUCCUCCAGAUCAGGCUGUGGAAGAUAUUCAUGGAAAGUUUGUGUUCGUUCUUUAUGAUAGUGCUUCGAGGAGUACCUUUUUAGCUGAAGUUUCCUUUGUACACGAGUUUUCUACAAAUCAAAAUAGAAAAUGGAAGGCUUGUUAUUCAACAGUAUAACAUGACUUAUAUACUCGUGUCAACCAAGGUUUAUGUGGAUCUAUUCAAAUUUUUAACGAAGUUGAUUGGAAAAAUCCGGACUUCUCUACAGAGAAUUAUAAUUUCGAUAUGAUAGUGGGUUGCCCGGGAUUCGAACCCGGAACUAGUCGAAUGGAGUAGAUAAGUUCCUUGUUAAAUAAAAUAAAUGUUAAUCUGAAAUUAAAUAAACAAGUAAAGAUCCCUCCCCAAGCCGUGCUUGCACUUUCCGUUGCACACGGCUUUCCCUAUGUAUACAUCAGUUCCUUUCUUAUAGAAAUUAUAUCACAUUAUCUUGAUCUUGACUUAUCUUUGAUAUUCUCGGUCUUGGAUUAAAUGUAUGAGUUUUGGUGUUAUAGGAUGUUGAUGGCAGUGUGCCCUUCUUCUGGGGUACCGAUUCUGAAGGCCACCUAGUUCUCUCGGAUGAUGCUGACAUUGUGAAGCAUGGCUGUGGGAAAUCCUUUGCACCAUUUCCCAAAGAUCUUUUACAGAAUUCCUAAUGUCAUAUUGUCUUGGUUGCGGUGGUUUUUGACAUCUUUUGGUGGUUUGAGGACAAAACAUGAAUGCAGACACCUACAGAUGUGCUAUGGAGUCGUAUCUUUUGGAUGUGUUGUGUAAUUAUGGCUCGAGCUCUCCAAAAAUAUUGAGAGCUUCUUUGGGUGCACAGCAGAACUCUUUCAUCUGUUCAUGAUGCCAUAUUGGAGGACUUGGUUGUUCCAGCAGUGAUUGUUGGGAAGCGUACUAAGUAUCACAUUGGCCCCAAGGAACCAAGUAUAAGUUGGAGACCUUUUCAACAGUUAACAGAAAGCUUUCAGGCAAAGGUGUAGUGUUCGAGUACCCCAUCAUUUAUGACCUCAUCUAUAUGACGUGAGCGGUUUCUCCUUUGUAAUUUUGGCACUACCAUUUUGUUUUACUAUGAUGUGAAAUUCCUAUCAUUUUUAAGUUAAAACCAUUUCUCUAUGUCAUACAUUUUGAGUUUGUUUAUUGAAACUUGGUCAAAACAAAAAACAAGAAUAUCUGUGAAUUUUUUAGCA